CACCCGGCGCCUCUGAGCACCACAACCAGGCCAGCCGAGCUGCAACCGCGGCGACGGUACGGUGAGAUGCAACACUGAGCCCGCCCCGUCCAAGGCCGCCCACGGAGCCCCAUGGUCACCGCAACAGCAGCGCCGGCUCCUACAAGUCAAAGAGCCAGCGAGGCCUCAGUGCGCCGGUUCCCGCCGCUCCCAGGCCGCGCGCUGAAAUCAAACGCGACUCGGGCUCGUUGGGAGCCACGCCGCGCGCGCGCAGCUCUGGCCACCAGCAGGGCCCGGCCGCCGCCCUCCCGCCGCGGAGCUGGGCGGGGCCGCCCGGAGGCUGCGGGGAGACCGGCCGAGGAGGAAGGGACGCGGGAGGUGCGUGCUGCGCAGGCGCGCGGCGCCCCGCCUCCCCAGCGUCGGCUCCCCAGCGGGCGGCGCGGGCCCUCCCACUCUCCCCCGCGUCGCCUUACGGCCCCGGCCCGAGCUUCACCCCGGGGCCCCGCCUCGCGUGCGCGUCUUCCCGCCGGCCUGCAGGCCCGGGGCCUCCGCCUGCCUCCUCCCAGCCGCUGCUUCUUGCGGCCCCGGCCUGCGUCCACGCUGUCGCCCGGGCCGGCGCGGCCGCGGGCAGCGGGCCCCCCCCUCACGCCCACCCCGCCCCCUCCCCGCCUUUUCCGCCCUCCCGUCCCCCUCCCUCGGCCCGCCGCCGCCGCUCCAGAUGAGGUGAUGGCAACGGCCAACUUCGGCAAGAUCCAGAUUGGGAUUUACGUGGAGAUCAAGCGGAGCGAUGGCCGAAUACAUCAAGCAAUGGUAACAUCUUUAAAUGAAGAUAAUGAAAGUGUAACUGUUGAAUGGAUAGAAAAUGGAGAUACAAAAGGCAAGGAGAUUGACCUGGAAAGCAUCUUUUCACUUAACCCUGACCUUGUACCUGAUGAAGAAAUUGAACCCAGUCCAGAAACACCUCCACCUCCAGCAUCCUCAGCCAAAGUAAACAAAAUUGUAAAGAAUCGACGGACUGUGGCUACUGUUAAGAAUGACCCUCCUCCAAGAGAUAAUAGAGUGGUUGGUUCUGCACGUGCACGGCCAAGUCAGCUUCCUGAACAGUCUUCCUCUGCACAACAGAAUGGUAGUGUUUCAGAUAUAUCUCCAGUUCAAGCUGCAAAAAAGGAAUUUGGACCCCCUUCACGUAGAAAAUCUAAUUGUGUGAAAGAAGUAGAAAAAUUGCAAGAAAAAAGAGAGAAAAGGAGACUACAACAACAAGAACUUAGAGAAAAAAGAGCCCAGGAUGUUGAUUCUACAAACCCAAACUAUGAAAUUAUGUGUAUGAUCAGAGACUUUAGAGGAAGCUUGGAUUAUAGACCAUUAACAACAGCAGAUCCUAUUGAUGAACAUAGGAUAUGUGUUUGUGUAAGAAAACGACCACUCAAUAAAAAAGAAACUCAAAUGAAAGAUCUUGAUGUAAUUACAAUCCCUAGUAAAGAUGUUGUGAUGGUACAUGAACCAAAACAAAAAGUAGACUUAACAAGGUACCUUGAAAACCAAACAUUUCGUUUUGAUUAUGCCUUUGAUGACUCAGCUCCUAAUGAAAUGGUUUACAGGUUUACAGCUAGACCACUAGUGGAAACUAUAUUUGAAAGGGGAAUGGCUACGUGCUUUGCUUAUGGACAGACUGGAAGUGGAAAAACUCAUACUAUGGGAGGUGACUUUUCAGGAAAAAACCAAGAUUGCUCUAAAGGAAUUUAUGCAUUAGCAGCUCGAGAUGUCUUUUUAAUGCUAAAGAAGCCAAACUAUAAGAAGUUAGAACUUCAAGUAUAUGCAACUUUUUUUGAAAUUUAUAGUGGGAAGGUAUUUGACUUGCUAAACAGGAAAACAAAGUUAAGAGUGCUGGAAGAUGGAAAACAGCAAGUUCAGGUAGUGGGAUUACAGGAACGAGAAGUCAAAUGUGUUGAAGAUGUACUGAAACUCAUUGACAUAGGCAACAGUUGCAGAACAUCCGGCCAGACAUCUGCAAAUGCACAUUCAUCUCGGAGCCAUGCCGUCUUUCAGAUUAUCCUUAGAAGGAAAGGAAAACUACAUGGCAAGUUUUCUCUCAUUGACUUAGCUGGAAAUGAAAGAGGAGCUGAUACUUCAAGUGCAGACAGACAAACUAGGCUUGAAGGUGCUGAAAUUAAUAAGAGCCUUCUAGCACUCAAGGAGUGCAUCAGAGCCUUAGGUAGAAAUAAACCUCACACGCCAUUCCGAGCAAGCAAACUCACUCAGGUGUUAAGAGAUUCAUUCAUAGGUGAAAACUCUCGUACUUGCAUGAUUGCCACAAUCUCUCCGGGAAUGGCAUCCUGUGAAAAUACUCUUAAUACAUUAAGAUAUGCAAAUAGAGUAAAGGAGUUUGGAAUUAGUCCAUCAGACAUUCCCUUCUCUCAGGGUGGUGGCAGUCGCCCCGAUCUCUCUCCUUCCUAUGAGUAUGACGACUUUUCUCCUUCAAUUACCAGGGUGAAAGAAUUGACUGUCGACCCCAUUGCUGCUGGCGAUGUCCGUCCAAUAAUGCACCACCCACCAAAUCAGAUUGAUGACUUAGAGGCCCAGUGGGGUGUGGGGAGUUCCCCUCAGAGAGAUGAUCUAAAGCUUCUUUGUGAACAAAAUGAAGAAGAGGUUUCUCCACAAUUGUUUACUUUCCAUGAAGCUGUCUCACAAAUGGUGGAAAUGGAAGAACAAGUUGUAGAAGAUCACAGGGCAGUAUUCCAGGAAUCCAUUCGAUGGUUAGAAGAUGAAAAGGCUCUCCUAGAGAUGACUGAAGAAGUGGACUAUGACGUAGAUUCAUAUGCUACACAACUUGAAGCUAUUCUUGAGCAAAAAAUAGACAUUUUAACUGAGCUUCGGGAUAAAGUGAAGUCUUUUCGUGCAGCUCUACAAGAAGAAGAACAGGCCAGCAAGCAAAUCAACCCCAAGAGACCCCGCGCCCUUUAGAUCUGCUGCUCAAGGAUCCCCAGAACCUUCACUGUUGUCACAUCCAAUGGGGUCAGCUGUAAGGGCCAUCUGAACGUUUGAAAUUUAAGUGUCUGUGGAAAAUGUCUUGUUCCUUCACCUGAGUGACAUUUGAAUUUUGUGAAACACUCCUUUGUCUACAAAAUACUUCGCGUUCAGGAGACCCAACCAAGAUUUGGGGAACACGAAGCGUUUCGCUUCACUCACCCAAACAGUGAUUUACUUUUGGAGAUCCUUGCCAAUUUCAUUUCCUUUAUGAUGAAGUAAGAUUGUGGACCUGAUCCAGAGAUGAAUAGUAGGGGGAAGCAUUUCCUUUUAACUUGGUUCAGUUUUCGUAGCAAGACUGAACAGUUUUAAAUACUUUGCGUGCAUGCAUACCUCAUCAGUGAUUGUACAUACCUUACCCACUUCUAGAGGCAGCUGUGCUCACCUCUUCCUGCUUUGUGCCUUGUCUAAGGCUACCGACCCUAAAUUUCUGAAGCACAGCCAAGAUAAAUUACAUUCCUUAUUUGUUACUGUAAAUUAUCUUUAUUGUGUGUACAUUUUUUAUUGUAUUUGAGACAUUUUUGUGUGUGACUAGUUACUUUUGCAGGAUGUGCCAUAUCAUUGAAUGGAACUAAAGUCUGUGACAGUGAACAUAGCUGCUGGACCAUUCCAUCUUACAUGUAAGAACUCUGGAAUUAUGAUUUUAAAACCAUUUAAAUGUGGUUAUAAUUUUCUCAGCAUUUUCUUUGUAAAGAACUAAAAUAUAAACUAGUUGGUGUAUAAUAAAAAGUAAUGAAAUUCUGAGAAGGGUUUUAUCUUAGGAAAAUACAUACAUAUAUAUGUAUAUGUAUAUAUAUAUAUAUAUGCAGUGUGUAUUCCAGUGUGGUAAUAACAAGACUAAUAGUGCAGUCUGAUCCUUACCAAUACCAUUACUUAAGUUAAAGUGUCCAUUAGCACCCGAAAGUGUUCCUUUUAAAGGUCCUAUAAAAGGAAAUUGGCUCCUGAUGCAUGAACAAUUUACAUGUGCAUUGAAAUUAGUCCAUAAUAAAAACUUAGUUUAAGCCUAGAGAGUACAUAGCUCUCUUGAGGAAGAAAUAAGUUUUAAAAAAGCUUACCUUGCCUUAAGUGGCAGAUCUAACCCAAGUUCCAUCCAUUACCUGUUGUGUAAUGUUUCACCAUUGUUUGGUAAGAAUCACCAAAAUCUCGCCAACAAAUUGAUGUAGGGUAGGCUACUUUAUAAAUGGUAGCGUUUAUUUUCGUAGAGUGCUUAUUUUCUAAAGUGCUUCUACAAGGAAGAAAACUGGCCUCUUUUCAUGUAAAUAUUUUUGUUAAAAGAUUUCUAUAUAUCUCUAGGAGUUUCCCUGAUUCCCUAAGUUCAGGAGUAGAUUAACAAAGUCUGCUAAGGAUAUCUUGUUUUGAUUUACUCUGGGGAUCUGUUAGCUUAUUCAUAGGAGUCAAAGGGAAGCUAUGAGUAGUCAUAUGAGCCAGAUUCCCUACUUCACUGUUCAUAGAACUCAGAGGGUGGUUGUGGGAAAUCCUACUACUAUGAUGAAAAGCUCCUCUGUAAACUUGAAAUCUAGAACAAGCGUAGAUUUUCAGUGUGCUUAUUAAAUAAAUGAAACCUACAGAAUGAGUUUUAGAGAUAAUUUACUUUAAUACAGUCAGUCACCUUUGUUUUGGAAAGGACUCAGGCUUUCUUGUAGCUAGGUUUUAUUUGUGUUUAUUUUUUAAAGAGGAAAAAUGGAGAACUGUUAAUUAUUGUCCUUGUGGAAGCCGUUUUUAAAACAAAUCUAACCUUUAAAGGGCAAUAAAGAGAUGUGUCUUUGCUCAUUUUAAAGCACAUUAGUUUAUUUAAAUUAGAUGGGUACAAUCUCUGGAAGGUCUCAGUAUGUCCAGAUGUGCUGUUUUAUACUAUAACAGCUUAUCAAGUUAUAUUUUAAAAAAUAGUACCAGAAAAGAUCUUGGUUAGAAUGAUCUCCAUAAGUUUUACAGAAAGGGAAAAGGUCAUAAAAGGGACUAAAACUCAGUAGUUCAUACGGAUAGAGGGAAACAGAAGACUGAAUUAAAUACUAAGUUAAAAUUUUCCUAUAAUAAUAGAGAUGGGACAGGUAAACUUUGCAGAGUAGUUUUAUGAGAUUUUUAAGUAUAUUUAAUUAUAUUUAUGUAACAAAAGUAGCUUGUGCAGCUAUUAUUUAAAGGAUAAAUUUAGUAUUUUGGAUCUAGAUUAGACAUUCUUUACUUUCUUGGGCUUGAAAACUGUUGUCCCUAUUAGGCAGUGACAGGCAUUGUUUUAACUAUGUAGGGACACUUUAACCUGUUGCUUUGAAACAAUAUUUCAAAAACUAUAAUAAAACUAGAUUUAAUCAGUC